AUUCCCAGAAUAUUAAACAGAUGAAGAGAGAGGCAUUGAUCAGACUUUUAGAGGAAAGAUAUCGGCCUUGGAAUUCUUCUGCUUGUACCAAGCAAGGUAGAAGAAAACCUAUUCAAUAUGUCGUCAAACAUCACCUUAUCGUGUCCGAGCGUUACAAAACACUCUUCUGUUUCGUUCCUAAAGUAGCAUGUAGCAACUGGAAACGAAUUUUUCACGUUUUAGAAGAACAUUUCAACUCGUCGGAAGAUAUCACCCACGAAACUUCGCAUGAUUCAGGAAAGUUACGCUUUUUGAGACAUUAUUCAAACGCUACAGUAGUAGAUCACAUGUUAAAAACAUACAAAAAGAUUGCAUUUGUUCGCGAACCUAUGGAGCGAUUUCUGUCGGCCUACCGGAGUAAAUUUGCGCCUGUUGUUCCCCCUAGGAAGGGAUAUUAUUACAGCAUCGGCCUAGACAUCAUCAGAAGGAUGCGGAAGAACUCUACGGGGUUAACACCACAUUAUCCUACAUUUAAGGAAUUCGCAAAUUACGCGAUUACUACACCUUUUAGUUCUCAUGAUGAACACUGGGAUCGUCAGCAUAAUUUAUGCGCUCCGUGUGAUAUAAAUUACGACUUCGUUGGCAUCUAUGAUAAUAUCAAAGCAGAUGCUGACCUCGCUCUUAUGUUGAUGGGAGCUGAUGAAGAGGUUACAUUCCCAAAUGUCGAAGCUGCACCCGAAGGACAAGGAUCACAAACGAAGAUGAAGACUUUCUAUUCAGGAAUAUCACAAGAAGAAUUCACACGACUGCAGAAUAUAUACGCAAAAGACUAUGAAAUUUUUGGAUUCAAAAAGCCCAGUUAUCAAGAAAUAGUGAAUCCCUGAAUUUCUUCAGCAAGAAGGAAAAGGGGAGGCAAACCACAGCACGAAAAAGGAUUGCUGUUUAAAAUGGCAUAGAGCUGUGACAGCGGCAAAUUUUUGGAGCUAUGCUCACCUCCUAAAUUAUUAAAAUCUAUGGAGUACAACUGUGAAACAUGUAUAAAAUCAUUUGUUUUCGUAGCGUGCAAGGGUGUUACUUUUUUGAAGGAGAACUUGGCAAUGUCUUAAGGUUGCUUUUUUAAGAGUCUGCUCAGAAAAUAAGAACUCGUAGGUUCUGUCAGUAAUCUAAUCAUUAACUCGAACUUCCUGAUCGCAGGACCCAGUUACUGUAGACGGUUCCAACCACUGAAUGAUUUAAACUCAAUGAUGUGGAAUUGCUUUGAAUGCAAGAUGACGUGGACGAUUUUCUUUUCGAGAACCGUUGAUAAAACUUUUUACUCGAAGUUUCAAAACACCAUCAGGAUACAGCAUUGUAAGCAGAAAUGCAUAUUAUGAAAUAUGGCGUAGGUUAUAAGCAGAAUAAAAAAAAUUCUCAAAUGUCUUUUUUUAAAAAACAAUUAACAUUAAGAUGGAUCUGUAAUAAAUAUAGGAAAUGAGCUGCCAGUUGGAGUUAGCAAGGUAUGUAUCACAGACCUGCUAACGAUGGCUGAAAGUUGUUCACAACAUAAGAUGGCCUUGGCUAGAUGAGUUGAGAGUUUCAACGCAGAUGAAAAACCAUUUUUCAAAACUACUCUUUAUUAUUGUAUGUAACGCUUAAAAUAACAGCAAGGAAGUAUAUUUCCUCAAGUAUAUUCAUGGGAGAAGCUCUAAUUUUCUAUAACCUCCAAUCUUUUGAGAAAAGGGCUUCUUUGGGAGUCAAUAUGCACUGACAGUGACCAUGAAAGCCUAAAAUCAAUCUCAACUCCUUGGCAAGAGGUAUAUCUAGAGUCGAUCAGGGUAAUGGGGCCUAAGUUAAAACAAGGCAGGGGCACAGGUCAAAUAAAAGUGGGUUUCUCAGUAUCAUUGCCUCAGUUUUUAAUAGGUGGUUAGAUGGUUUUUGGUGCCCAAGGAUAGGAUUUGCUUUACUGUUUUGUUCGAUAUUAACCACACUUGGACCAGAGCAGUAAACCGUAGUGUUGUUUGCCGACAUAAAUAAAUAUCCAGAUUGUUGUGGUUUGGAGCACAUUGACAGAUGGUCGGUAAAACCUGGACCCAACAAGCGAGCUUUAAGAGACACCAUAGUGCACAUAGUCUGUGGUAGACUUGCAAUUAUUGACCUUAGUAAACUGGUGUCUACUUCAAUAAUAGCUCAUGGGCCAGUC